AUGACGGUCCACAUUCAUCGUUCACGAUCAUGUGAAUUCACGCGUCUGUGGGAAGCAGAAGCUUCGGGUGCUACGAAUAUCUCCACUUUCCAACAUCAAUAUCCAAAGCAACAAGUCACAUGGUCAAAUAUCGACCCUCUUGCAAUCUCGAUUGUAAAUGGAGCCAUUGAAUUCCAGACGGACACUUUUUCAUCAUUACAAAUUUCGAUUGCAGUAUCAUCCAAUGACACUCUUUACCGACUUUCCUGGCGUAUCCAAUUGCCACAGGUGGACACUUUUCAUGUGGAUGGACAAGCUGCUCUUCACGUACAACUUCCAGUACUAGAGAAAGUGACCAUGACUCUCGGCUCGGCACCUGGUGGUGCAGAAAAGAACGAGAUUUUUCUGGGCUCGUCACAGAACACGUCGGUGGUUGCUCAGCUGCCGUGUAUCUCGGAUGUAACCGACAUGUUCCAUGAUGUGGACUUUGUGUGGGACAAAGAGUGGAUGCGUUGGUAUGUGGACGACAUUUUGUUGCUGGAAGAAUUUAUUCAAGAUGAGAGUGCAAGGAGAAUGAUUGACGACGACAGCCAAGUCGUUGUCGACUUGAGUGUAACAGGAUCUCGUGCUAAGCUGGCGGUAAAACGAAUGUCGUUGCAUUCUGGCAACUCGUCGGAUCCGAUGUGUGCGCCACGAUAUUCAACUUCUAGCAACUGUCGAGCGCAAAAAUCAUUUUCUCCGCGCCUUGGAUCCAUCCAAGGCUCACUAUCAGUGGAUGAAGUGGAGACAUACAUUGAUGAAGUGGCUGCAGCAUUUCCUCUCAUCACAAAAGUAGAGGAGCUUGGGCAAUCAGUUGAAAAACGGCCACUACGUGCAGUUUGUCUCGGCGCGUGCUAUGCGCCUCAAGAACAAAAGAUCCCACAAGCGCUUUUCACAGGCAUGCACCACGCCCGCGAGCCUAUCUCCAUGAUGACCUUAGUUUACACGAUAGAUAUUUUGACAUCAGAUUAUCGCAAUGGAGAUUUGGCAGCUAUAGAGUUGCUAAGUUCCCGCCAGCUUUGGUUCAUUUUGGUUGUGAACCCAGAUGGAUACGCACAUAACGAGAUGCUGCGCGUCUGGGAACAUAACAAGACGGGCCUGCGCAAAAGUGCAGCGCCGACUUGUGAUAAAAGCUCUCAAGAUGCAGGUGUGGAUCUGAAUCGCAAUUACGGCGUCUGCUUCGCGCGCGACACUAAGGGUAGUAACAAUGACCCGUGCGGGGACGACUACAACGGGCCUAGCGCUUUUUCGGAACCAGAAACAAAGGCCGUUCGUGAUCUUGUGGAGCGUUAUACGUCUGACUUUAGUGUAGCGCUCAAUUACCACUCGUACGGCAAGUACUUCAAUCUUCCAUUCGCUUGCAAGGAUAAAGGGAAGCCAAGUGAGGCGAACAAUUCAGUUUUUGUGGCGUUGGCUCAAGAAAUGGCCCGGUUCAACGGGUUUGGCUAUGGCCAAUCUUGGGAGGAAAGCAAUUUGUACACGGUAAAUGGAGAUACGAGCGAUUGGAUGUGGCAAGCGCAUGGCAUUUUCGCUAUAUCACCUGAAGUUGGUCCAGGAUUUGAGACGCAAUCCGUUCCAGGAUUUUGGCCAUCUCGUGACGAUGUUCCCCAACUAUCAUCUGAGCUUCAUUACUCAAACUUGUAUAUAUCCCGCAUGGCGGGUCCUGUGUAUUCGUUGGCGGUAAAUGGUGUUCAACUUGGCACCAUCGAUGAUGGAGGCUCGACUUUAUCAAUAAUAUCUGUAAAUGUAACGAUCUCGAACAGUGGUUUGCGCUCCGCAACUGUAGAACUGGUGGCAUCCGUGUUCGUGAACGGAACAAGCGCCAGCAAUGCUGUACAUUUAGAGCUCAAAGCGGCACCAGACGGCUCGGAGUCGUUGAUUGAGCAGGGUCACACGUUGAUAAUUCCUUACUCCGGAGAUGAUCUUCACCGUAUUGAGAAAGAGAUCAAGGCAUUGUACAUAGUGGUGAGGGAUGCGUUCAGUUGCCAUCUCUUCCGAGUUGCGGUUCAUUUCCACACGGCUCUCGAGAAAACUAACCACACAAGUUUACAGACAUGGACUGCACUACCGCUUCCUCGCUGUGGGACUUGUGAGCUGUUUUUUGGUGUUUCAGAAAAGUCGGGUGAAGCUGGCAACUCCUUUAAAUUCUCUCCAAUAUGCCAUGAAAUCAAGGAUGUAGCUUUCCUGAACUCCAUUCACAUCCGAAACAUCGACCCUCUCACAGCUAUUGCAAUUCGUGGUUAUAGCUCUGCUGAACCAGUUCCAGCAUCAAACGCUACUCGCCGCAACAGCACUUUCAACGUCGCUUCCAGUGAUAGUACGUCAGCAGAAAUGACUAGCGUGCAACAAACAGCGCUUUUGUCGUCAAUCUUGCCAUCCGUUUCGUGGUCAGGCCCCGUCGCGAUGAUAGCUUUGGCAGGACUCGUGUUACUCGUAAUAGCCAUCGUCUUCUUUCGGUGUUGUUACCAACGAAACAACAAGAAGCCCGCGAGAACAAAAGCAGCAUCGAAGGGGCAGAGGAAAGUGCAAUACUCGCUCGUUGAUGAAAAACCAAUGGACUCACCAGCAAGAGACCGACAAAUGCUCUACUACGAAAAGAACGAAAAGAAUGAUUUAGUGGAUGUCGAGUGCGGUGAGAGGAGCGUGUCUAUCGACGACGAGGAUACCGACGUGUUAAAGGAUUGUGCCUAG